CGUGAACCGCCAAGAUUGAUAGAAAUUAGUUAGCCCCAAACGACUGCCGAUCGGAGCUGCUUGUUGGAUCGGAAGGGGCCGAACACGAAUCCAUAAACCAUGGCGUCCAAAUGCUGGUUUGUACUCCAACAAACACACUAUCCCCCGCCCCUUUUCCCUAAGAAUGGCACUGGCGUUGCAAGCGGGCCAUUAUGCCUUGGGCAUCUCAUCUCUGACCUCAAACAUCUCGACAAUGUCAUCAACAGAAGCGGCCCCUUAAGGAUUCCGCCAGAUAUGCCCAUAUACCCUACCAAAGCCUGGGAUCUCAAAUGGGAUAUGAGUAGAUCCAAUGGAGUAGACGUCUCGGAGAAUAUAGGGGUUCCUAUUGCAGCAGCAGCUGGACUGUCAAUUAAUCUGGAUACUGGAGUCGCGUUCCAACGAACGAUUCGAAACUUCUGGGAGUUCCAAUCGCUUGAGAGCUUCAUUUUUCAGCCCACCAGCGCUUAUAUUGAGGACAGCUUGGAGGAUGAAGAGGUGUCCGCGUACUUCAAGAAGCGAGGCUUGCUGAGAACUUCAUCUCUUUUCAUGAUAACUGGGAUUAUUGUUGCUCGAGGAGCUAAGAUGGCGGUCUCCCGAGUUCAAAGACAAGAAAUUCAUGGCGGUACUGGCGUCCAGUUUCCCACGAUUGUCGAAGCGGGAGCGAACGUUGGCAUAUCAUCAGAAGGAUGUGCCUCCUCAUCAGCUCAGAAGGUAACGGACUUUGUAUGGGCAAUCCGGCUAGCUAAGAUAUCUAAGGGCUUGCUCAAUCGAGAAUGGUCCCACGAAACAUUUUCUGAAGGAGCAACCUUUGGCUUAGGUGAAGUGAAACCGGGAGAGCAAAUUCUCAAGGCUUUGGAGAGUGAAGGACUUCGAGGGUUUGAAAGAGUCAAUGUUGCCACAGAUGAUGUUGUAUUCGUGGUCCAGGAAAACUUGGAGUCGACAGAUUUAUAAUAAUGAUGGUUUUCUUUUAUGGUUAUUUGGAUACGAGAUCAGGGCCGCUUCGCUAAAAUUCAAGCCUGGCGGCCCUACGCAAGCCCCGGGGUCAGUCUUUAAUUUUGCCCUGAUCUCGAUUCGAGAUUAAGAGGGUCACGUGACGUCCUUAUAAUAAAGCUCUCUUAUUACCUAUAGGCCUUCUAAGC